AUGGAUACUUUCGAGGCAUACGAGACCAACAAUCGUGGGAUGCAUAACGAAUUCGCCCGUUAUCUCGGUUGCAACCCUUCAGAACCAGAGUCCCCGAUGUCAAAUACCAGCAUGGAGGGCGUUACAUUUGGGAACGGUGGUAAUGAUCAAGAAGAUUCUUUUGGUCAUACCCAUUUUGAGGUCUUGAACAGACUUAUCGAGUUAUACAGGGUCCAGCCGGAUGCAAGUGACUUCACUGGAAAAUUGCUGAAGUUUUCCGACAAGCUUGAGAUUCCCGAGCUGAAUGGAGAGAUCCUAGGAGAGAAUGGGCAGUCAAAAGACCGUCAUCGCGAGAUCUUCAAGGCCCAUGCACGGCUGUUCGAGGACGAAGCAAACUACCGCCUUUUCCAGCACGUCCAGGAGCAUGGACCGGCUAGUAUCUACUGGAGAGCCUUCCGCGAGUACUUCACUGGGGAAAUCAUCAAUAUGGUCGAGUCGCACUGGCGCCCUGAUCCUCGCUGCGCCCAGGUCCGCAUUGAUGCCCACAGCCUGUCCUACCAGGCUAUAAACGAAGUCCCCUUCAUGUCUACUGCAGAGAGAAACUUGGUCAUCAGAGCUACUGGGAGCUACCCUGAGGACGCCAUGUCCUUCUUUACUUGGAUGACGAGGAACCGCCUUACAUAUCUCAUGGUAAAGGAGAUGUCGGACCUGUUCUUCUUUCGAAUAAGAACACUGGCUGGACACGAGAUUGACCUCAAUAUGGAGAGAGAGAUGGCCCGCAUGGUCAACUGGGCUGAACACCAGUAA